UCUUGAUGGGAGAAUGAGACGCAAUGUAAGUUUGAUGAAUUGCAGAAAUAUAAUAAUAUAUUGAACGUUGGAUUGUUUAAUGUUUGUGUACUCAGCCGCACUGUUUCGACUAUAUCUGUUUCGACUAUAGUAUCAAGCUUCAAUUUGUGAAUUCAUAAAGAAUAACAAAAGUGUAGUCUUUAAUAAACUUUCAGUAUAAAAUGACGAAAGUGCUGGUAGAACAAGGUUGGCUUGAGGGUGAAAAGAAGGAACUAGCGACUAAAGAUGGUCAUUUUUAUAGCUUCAAAGGUGUGCCUUAUGCCGCACCUCCGAUAGGCAAACUGAGGUUCAAGGCACCUCAGCCGCCAAUUCCAUGGGAAGGAAUUCGAAAAGCCACACAACAUGGGCCCGUCUGUCCGCAGUACGACUUCUUUGCCAACAAGUUCGUCGAAGGCAGUGAGGACUGCCUUUACCUCAACGUGUACACUCCUGAGCUUGAACCCGCUAACCCGCUACCUGUCAUGGUAUACAUCCAUGGCGGCGCCUUUAAAAGCGGCUCAGGAAAUGAUGAUUUCUACGGACCGGACUUCUUAGUCAAGCAAGGAGUUAUACUAGUCACAAUCAAUUAUAGACUAGAGGUUUUAGGCUUCCUAUGUCUGGACACUGAAGAUGUACCAGGUAACGCAGGAAUGAAAGAUCAAGUAGCAGCGCUUAGAUGGGUAAAGAGUAACAUAGAUCAAUUUGGUGGCGAUCCUGAUAAUGUAACACUUUUUGGUCAAAGCGCUGGUGGCGCUUCCACUGCCUUUCAUGUGCUAUCUCCGAUGUCCAAAGGAUUGUUCCAAAGAGCUAUAGCAAUGAGCGGAGUACCUAAUUGCGAUUGGUGUGAAAAUUUUGAACCAAGAGAACGUGCUUUUAAACUUGGCAAACAAUUGGGAUCAGAUACAGACGACCCAGAAAAACUGCUUGAAUUUUUCCAGAGUCUCCCUGUAGAAAAACUGGUUGAUACUGGUCCUUGUUUAUUAGCUUUUGAGGAAGUUUUGAUCAUGGAGGCCGGAAAAACUAAUUUUUUCGUUCCCGUAGCAGAAAAAGAUUUCGGUCAAGAAUUAUUUUUAAAUGAGGACCCCUUUGAAGCACUAAAAGCAAGAAGAGUUAAUGAAGUAGACUUAAUGAUUGGUUACACUAGUGAAGAAGCUCUAUUUAUAGCUGGUUUGGCCCAGCCAGACUUUUUGGCCCGAUUUGAAAACUGGCCAGAAGUGUUGGUCCCUAAGAAGAUUUCAUAUAAUGUUCCGCAAAGGAAAAUUUUGGAGUUGAGUAAACGAAUCAAAGAGCGCUACUUUGGGAAGAAAGCUAUCGACGAAAAUACUGUUAAAGGGUUUGUUCGUUUCUUUUCGGAAACUGGAUUCACAUAUCAGAUUCAAAGAUUCGCGGAACGCAUACCAGACCAGGGGGAAAGUAGGAGGUAUUUCUACCUUUUUCACAUGGAGUCUGAGAGAAACUUGUUCGCCCGACGAGCAGUGACGGAGUUCGGGCUUGCCGGGGCCUCGCAUCUGGAUGACUGCCUCUACCUGUUCCAUGCCAAUGCGUUUCCUCUCAAAGUGGACACGCAAUCAAAAACGUACAGUUUGAUUCAGAAGAUGUGUAUGCUGUUUACUAACUUUGCCAAAAACGGUGACCCGACUCCCGACACGUCGCUUGGCGAGAUUUGGCCCGAGUUCAAUGCGGACGCGAACUACUUGUGCAUUGCAGACCGACUCGUGGUUGGUGGCCAUCUCGAUAGCGAGAUGAUGGCUUUCUGGAGAAGCGUAUAUGAAGAAGCCGGCAUGGAGUUUUAGAUGACAUAAAGUAAAAUAAUAGUUAUUUGUUAUACAAGGGGGCAAAGUUGUAUUUUAAGAGUGUGGACUUGAA